UCUGGAGGUUUUCCCCCCCUCAAGUUGUUUUUUUGCAAAGAGCAGCUUUGCAGACAAUCACAGAGGCACCUCUCUUGUUUUUCUUUGGCUCCUUCUUGUUAUUUUUUUUAACUUAGCUCAUUUUAAAUGUCGAACCAUUCAUUUAUUCACUAGUUUUUUUCCAAUCGGAGAGCCAAUUUUUGGGUGAAUAAUGUCACUUCUUUUUAAAAGAAACUGUUUUUGUCUGAUUUUUGCGCUUGAAUACCGUCGCCUUUUUGCCCUGCAUGGUAAAUGCAACCCAGGUCUGACCCACUUUUAGCGUCUUUCCCCCCGCACCUCCCACAAGCAUCAAGCGGAGAUGUUUUCGCCAGGAGAGGAGGUCGAUUCCGAUUUGUUUACCUCUCUGAAGGAGUCAUCCGGAGAUGCGAUCUCUCCAACACUGGAGCUCAGUUUGACCACCGUCUACACCGUCCUCUACUCUUUCCUCUUUGUUUUCGUCUACCUGCAGCUCUGGCUCAUCCUGCAUUACGGCCACAAGCGCUUCAGCUACCAGAGCGUGUUUUUGUUCCUGUGCCUGCUGUGGGCAGCGCUGCGGACGACUCUCUUCUCUUUCUACUUUAAAAAUGUGGUGCAGGCCAACCAGCUACAGCCUCUGGCCUACUGGCUGCUCUAUUGCUGUCCCGUCUGCCUGCAGUUCUUCACACUCUGCCUGCUCAACCUCUACUUCACACAGGUGAUGUUUAAAGCUAAAGCCAAGUAUUUGCCUGAGCUCACCAAAUACAAGGUUCCUCUGCGCUUGUUCUUUCUGUGUCUCAGUAUAUUUUUUCUGGUGGUGAAUUUAACUUGCGCGUUGUUAGCUCAAGGAGCUCUGAUGCACUCUGACCCACCAAGCGAUGGGGGGAUCAGACAUGCAGUCUUGGCUCGAGUCCUGAUUAACGACAGCCUGUUUGUCCUGUGUGCCAUAUCUCUUGCUGUGUGCAUCUUCAAAAUCGCCAAAAUGUCUUCUGCCAACGUUUACCUCGAGUCAAAGGGAACAUCAGUGUGCCAAGCGACCGCCGUAGGAGCCGUGGUGAUUCUCCUCUAUACUUCCAGAGCCUGCUACAACCUAGUGGUGGUGGCCCUGUCGCCGCAGGACAGACCCAGCCCCUUCAGCUAUGGCUGGUACAGCGUCUCCGAUCAGGCAGACACACAAGUGAUCAGCGGUGAGGGAUACAUUGUUUUUGGGAUUAUUUUGUUCUUCUGGGAGCUGCUGCCCACCAGCUUAGUGGUGGUUUUCUUCAGAGUCCAAAAGCCCCACCAAAACCUGGCGCCAGGCGGCAUGAUCAACAGCCACAGUUUCAGCUCUAGAGCUUAUUUCUUUGACAACCCGCGACGGUACGACAGCGAUGACGACCUGUCAAGGAGCAUCAAUAGCAGAUCUGAUCGGGCCAGUCUUCUGUCCACUACGCCUCAGAUGGCAACGUCCAGCUGGUAUGGCUCUAUUCAACGCAAUGGGAGUCUAGCACCGGGGGUGGCCUCCGCCCAGCAGCCGCCUCCUUCCACAGCCCCACUCCUGUUUGCCCAAGGAAACAUCCAGAGUCACCAUCAUCACCAUCACAACUAUUACUCAACCCCACAGAACAACAACUACCAACAUCAUCAACAUAGUAACUAUUAUUCCACGCCGCAGAAUUAUUACUGCGGAUCUCAGACGUAUUUCUGCACCCCACAAAAUUAAAUAGGAACCAUUGAAGACUUUGGAUAAGAAGAUUACAAAUGAUUUAAUCUUUUUGUUCCGAUUUUGCUUGUACAGCUGCAUCAACCUCAGUACUUUUCAAUUACAAGUGCUGACCACACAACUGGCUUCAACAACUGUGUGAAAAUGUGGCGAUACAAUAAAGCAAGAAAGUUGGAACUACAAGAAUACCAGCUUUUUUGAGGACUUCAGCACAGAUGAGUAGCAUUUAACCACCACCAAUAGGUGGAAAACAGGAAAACUGAAAACAUUUCUUUUGAAUGCUUUGGUUAGGGUAAAAUAGAGACUGGAAAUAUUAGUGGCCAGAUAAUCAUUCCACUUUUAAAUUUCAAUUGUAAGGAAACAUGGGCAGCCGCUAAUUUGCUCAUCCUAAAGCUGUCAGUCAACAGUUCAGGCCAUAGCAACACUGUUAAACAAAAUUUGUCAGCCUUGUUCGAGGUAUUGGCUCUUUUACAGACAUUUUACAAAGUCUUAAAGGCAGAUUUCUGAGUGUUCAGACUCUCAUGACAGGAAUUAGUUCAUGCUAAUUCGGCAGUGCCUGCUGAAGUAGGAACCGUUAGUUGUGGUAGCAAUAAGCCAAAAAAAAAAAAACAACAAAACAACAACCUCAAAAUCAAUUAAAUAAAUUAUAACUUUGUAUUGUUGAAGUCAAUUUAUCACUUUUAUUAAACUGUUUUUGAGUUCUGUUGAAACACAAAGAGAAAAAUAAAACAAAUGCUGUUAGGAAUUAGCUUAUGCUAAUUUGCUCAAGCAUGGAGAGUUAGCAUUGCUAGCAUAAAGUCUAAACUCUAAAGUAAAAAUGUAAAACUUUGUGUCACUUAAGUCAGUGUGUUAUUUUUUAUCAAAAAUGGGACUGAGUUCAAAGAAAAAAAUGGGAAAAAAACUGAUAAGAAGUUUGCCAGUGCUAGUUGGCUACUCACCGCUGUAGUCGGUUGUGCUAGCUUUGCUAACAAAUUAGCCAGAAGAGAAAUAAAUGCUGGAAAAGUAAAAUUGACAAAAAAUAAAUAAAAUUAACAUUGCAUCACUGAAGCAUAUAUUCUUACAAACUAGGCUUAAGCUCUGGGGCAAAACAAGUGCUAAUAUUCUGUUGCUAAAAGGAAAAGAAAAGUUAAAAACUUAAAAUUAAAACAAAUAUGUAAAAUGUUGUUGUAUCCAAUUCAUUGCUGUUUUCAACUUGAUCUGAAUUAUUUUGCAAUACAAGGAGAACUGUGUAAAAAAAAUCUCAUUAGGAGUUAGCCAAUGCUAGCUUGACAGUACUUGGUGAAUCUGGGAUAUUAGCACUGUUAGCAGUUAGCAGAAGAUUAACAAAAAAGCUGAAUUUAAAAUAAAAACAAUUGGAAAUACUACAACUUAAUCCAGUUUAUUAAUGUUUAUCAAAUUGGAACAGAAUUUUGUUGCAACAUAAAUUGAAAAUUGUAAAAAAUAAAUAAAUAAAAAUACUGCUAGCUAGCUCAUCAGAUGCUCAAUUGCCACUACAUGGCUAAUGGUUCCAUGUGACUUAUAAAAGCUCUUAUAACUGUUAUCAGUGUGUACUCCUUAGACUCCAUACAUUUCUGUAAGAUUUAUAUCUAGCUAGCUACCAGAUGUGAUUUGGUGUUUGCUCUCAUUGCCUGGUUUCCUCUGUUGACUGACAAAAAGUCAUUUUCAGUUUUCUUGAUUGAUUACAACAUGGAUUCCUUAGUCAUAAGUAUACAGGAAAAACAUGAGAUUGGGGGUGAAUGUGAAUCCUUUCAAGGUGGCGAAUGUUUGAGUCUAAACAUACGGCUGUCUGUUUUCAGAAAGCAUACGAAGUACAAGAAAGCUUGUUCGUGACCAAAAGGAUCUUUAAUAUGAGUUUUUGUGAGCUGUGAGGCAGAAAUUUGCACUUAGUGGAAGAUCACCUUCAGAGAAAAAGGCUUUUGAGCCUGGAAUGUAGGUUUUACUUCUCAUAUCUUCUAUUUUCUUCUGUAAUUGUAUGUACUCUCUUCUAUUUAUCCUAAAAGGAAGAAAAUGUCAAUGUGCCAUCACAUUUUGUCAUAUCAGAUAGUUGCAUUCCUUAAAAUAUUUUUGCACAUGAAUUAGUCAGAGGACUUAUGCUUUUGUCUGCUUCCAUGCCAAUCAGUUUUAUAUGCGUGUUGUGAUAUUUUUAUUGUAGGUGGUGUGCGUGUUUUCAAUAUUUGUCUUUGAUGUUUAGUCAGCUUUUAUACAUCAUUUUUAUUUUCAUCAGAUUUUUUUCUAACAUAUUUUGUAGCUUCAUGUGUUUCCCACAUCCUUCCUGUGUUUUUGUUGUUUUCACAUCACAAGUUUUCUUAAUCUUAUGACAGCCUGUACUAUUUUUUAAAAUUUUUAUUUCAUUUAUUUUGUGGUGUUGUUUACAACCCACUUCUUGAACCAAAAUCACUGCGUCUGUAGUUAAUUACUAAGAAAUACUCGCUGAUGUCAAGCAAACCCAAAGCCUGGACCGAGAAAGUGUUUCUUAUGCUGCUGUUUGCGCUUAGAGGUUCCACUGCUUGUAUCACCGAGUUAUAUCGGACUUUAAAAUCCAGUGAAGGAGCCGAAGUUCUCGUCGUUUGGGUCCAGCUUUUUAACAACUGUGCGAAAUGCAUGUUUCUGCGUCUGUGCGCAUAAUUUGCCACCGUUUCUCUAGCAAAUCUGGUAUUAUUUGUGUGAAAGUGUUUUUAAUUUGUCUCCUACACAGAAAAUGCAGUGAUAAUUUCCCCAUCAGUUGUUUUAUGGUAUUGAUGGUUAUAUCCGUGGCCAUUCUGAAUGUAACCAAAUCACUAAUGAUGUAUGCAAGAAAAGCACUACCAUGUUUUAAUAAAGGUCUACUGCACUGUUUAGACAAUAGUAGUAAAUAUAAAAUGUCAAACAUAAACUGCAAAUCAAACCGUUGCACAAUGUCCUUAUUGUUUCUGCUGCAGAGUUCGACUGUUGCCGACCUCUUCCCACCAGUAUACACAGUCUGUCAUGUGGCAGAUUUUAUGGAUUAAUAAGAUUAAGAGAAUCAUCGUAACUGAAACUGGACACGAGUCUGGAAGGGCAUGACCAGGCAGGGUUGCUGUCCUACCUGUAUGAAGUUUUUUUCACUGGAAAACACUUCUGAUGUUGCUAGAAAUAUGAAGUUGUUAAGAAUUUCCUAAGAGCUCAAAUUAUUUGGUAAACAGAAAGACAUAGAAAGUACUAUAGCAAUGAAAAGAUUGGCCCAGUCAAAGUCCAUGAUGAGGAAAAUAGUGACAGAAAGAUGAAAAUAACUUUUUGUACUCAUGUACAUUCUUUUAAAAACAAAAAAAGAGUUCAACCUGUACUUUUACUAAAAUAUCUGUACUUCUACUUGCAGAACAUUAAGUGGUGAAAAUUGACGCUUUUUCAUCAUUUGCGUUAUAAACGUGGCCUCAAAAUAGUAAUUUAUUUUUGGUUAGAAAAUAAACGUUCAUUAAACAUCAAACUGGAAUAAAAACAAACACUGUAGGACAGAUAAUUUGACAUAGGAGACACUGAUAAUCUUAAAAGGACCCUGGUGAGAUUAAUACUUUCCGGUUGUUACGGUACAAUCUGAAUGUUUAUGACACGUAGUUAAAAAGAACCAUUUUAUUCCCUAUUCUUGUCAUUCAGCCUUGUUAAGCCCCUAAAUUUUAUUUUCCCAGUGUGUGAUAAGGCUGUAAAUCAAACAAAUUGCUUCAUAAACUCUUAGCUGAAAUAUUGAGUGUUGAAAUCUACGAUGAAAAAUGGUAC